CCCAGCAUCCUGGCCAGGAUUUAAAUUUACCUCAAAAAUGGAAGAAAUUGACUGGGACAAUUUCCUUAAUGAAGACUUUAGUAAUUACACCUACAGCACUGACCUGCCCCCUAUUCUACCAGAUUCUGCCCCAUGCCGGCCAGAAUCCCUGGAUAUCAAUAAGUAUGCAGUGGUCACCAUCUAUGCUCUGGUGUUCCUGCUGAGCCUUCUGGGAAACUCCCUGGUAAUGCUGGUCAUCCUGUACAGCCGUGUCAGCCGCUCUGUCACCGACGUCUACCUGCUGAACUUGGCCAUGGCUGAUCUGCUCUUUGCUCUGACCUUGCCCAUCUGGGCCGCCUCCAAGGUGAAUGGCUGGAUUUUUGGCACAUCCCUGUGCAAGCUGGUGUCCCUCCUGAAGGAAGUCAACUUCUACAGUGGUAUUCUCCUGCUGGCCUGCAUCAGUGUGGACCGCUACCUGGCCAUUGUCCAUGCCACGCGCACACUCACCCUGAAGCGUCACUUAGUCAAGUUCGUAUGUCUGGGGAUGUGGGCCCUGUCUCUGUGCCUGUCUCUCCCUGUCAUAAUUUUCCGGAAGGCCAUCUACCCUCCCGUCUCCAGCCCAGUCUGCUACGAGGACAUGGGCAACAGCACAACCACAUGGCGGAUGGUGCUGCGGAUCCUGCCCCAGACUUUUGGAUUUGUCCUACCGCUGUUGGUCAUGCUGUUCUGCUAUGGAUUCACCCUUCGCACACUGUUUAAGGCCCACAUGGGGCAGAAGCACAGGGCCAUGCGGGUCAUCUUUGCUGUCGUCCUUAUCUUCCUGCUCUGCUGGCUGCCCUACCACCUGGUCCUGCUGGCAGACACCCUCAUGAGGAUACAGGUAAUCAAGGAGACCUGUGGGCGUCGCAGUGACAUCGACCAGGCUCUGGAAGCCACUGAGAUUCUGGGCUUCUUCCACAGCUGCCUCAACCCCGUCAUCUAUGCCUUCAUUGGUCAAAAGUUUCGUUAUGGACUCCUCAAGAUCCUGGCCACCCAUGGCCUCAUCAGCAAGGACCUCUUGCCCAAGGACAGCAAGCCUUCCUUUGUAGGCUCUUCCUCAGGGAACACGUCCACUACAAUCUGAGACUGCUGCCUCAGUGCAGCCCCUCGGGGUCCCUCCCUUCUCUCAGUGUCCUACUCUAAGUCCAUGUCCUUGGCUGUUCACAAUGUAAGUGUCAGUGCAGCCCCCAUUGUGGUUGCUGGAAGGAGUGGAGGCCACAUCCUUACCAGGCUCCUACUGCAUGGUUUGGAAAGCCUGUGUCCCGGUGUCCCCGCCUGACCAUCAUUGCUAGGCCAGUGCUAGAGCUCUGUUCAUCCUGCCACUGGCCCAAAGCCCUCUGCUGUGUGAGCAGUGCAAAUAAAUCAAAACCCCAGAGAGAUACCAGGCCAUACUAAUUAGGAUGGCUCUUAUCAAAAGACAAAAAAAAACAUGAAAUAGCAAAUGUUGUCGAGGAUGUAGAGAAACUAGAACCCCUUCCCAUAGCUAGUAGGAGCGUAAAAGGAUGCGAUUGCUGUGGAAAACAGUAUGAACAGCUUUCCUCAAAACCUUAAACUAGAAUUGCCGCAUGAUACAAUAAUUCCACGUCUAGAAAUAUUCCCAUAAGAAUUAAAAGUAAGGCCCCUUCAUUUGUACACCCGCGUUCAUAGCAGCAUUAUUCAUAAUAGCCAUAAGGUAGAAACAAGCCAAGUGCUCAUCAGUGAAUGGAUGGAUAAACAAAUGUGGUACAUAACAUAACUAAUGAUCAUUUAAGAAAUAUAAGAAGAUAUGAACAAUAACCCCAGAAGAGUGAGGAAGAGAUUGAAUUGCAUUUAUAAGAACUCUGUUAUAUUUAUCCCUGUCCCUUUUAAUCUCUCUCCCUUCUCUCUCUCUCUCAAAAGGAAUGAGGUGCUGAUACAUGUUACAGUCCUGGAAAACAUUAUGCUAAAUGAAAUAGGCCAGACAUGAUGGGCAAAUAUUAUAUGAUUCUGUUCAUAUCAAGGUCUUAGAAUAGCCGAAUUCACAGAGACAGAAUGUGGAAUAGUGGUUCUGAAAAGCUGGGGUCAGGGCAGGGUGGAGAAUUAUCAUUUAAAGCAGCGAUUUUCAACUGGUGUGCCAUGGCACCACUGGUGUACCAUGAGAGGAUCUUAGAUGUGCCACAGAAAAAUUUCAAGGAUCAUUAAUUAAAUUAUUUUCAAAAGAAAUCCAAAGCACAGUAAGUAUAUGUAUUUUUUCACUCUUUUUUUUUUUUUUUUUUUGGUGAACAUAAUUUAAAUGUGCCAUGGAAGUUUAACUAUAGGUUCAAGUGUGCCAUGAGAUAAAAAAAACGUUAACAAACACUGGCUUAAAGGAUACAAAAAGUUCUGAAGAUGGACAGUUGUGAUAGUUAUACAACACUGUGAAAGUGCUUAGUUUCAGUAUAAUUUACACUUAAAAAUGAUUGUUGCUAAAGUUUGUUACAUAGAUUUUUUUACCUCAAUUGACAAAAAUAAUACUUGAGCCCCAAAAGUCACUUUAACAGCAGAACCAA